AUGGCUUCUUCUAAAAAAUAAAAGAAAAAGAUAAAUAAUUAAUUGAGUAAAAAAAAGACGAUAAGGACUAAUAUCAGAAAAACAAAGUGUGAUUAGUUGGCUCAAUAUGUGAAGAAAUUCUAGAAUUAAUUUAAGUUAAAUUAAUUAGAUUCAGACAAAUAGGAGAUCAUUCCUUCAUAUUAGAGCAUUCCUACAAGUUAUUAGCUUAAAGGGAAAAAGAAGUUUCAAAAGAAGGAAGCAGUAAAAGGACUGGUGGGAUUGAAAAACUUGGGAAAUAAGUGUUAUAUGAAUGCGUCGAUAUAAUUACUUAGUAAUCUGCAGCCAUUAUCAGAUUAUUUUAUUGAAGAUUUCCAAUUAACAGAGAUUAAUCGAAAGAAUCCGAUCUCCACGUAAGGUUUAGCAACUGUAGCAUUUGCCAACCUAAUAAAGAGUCUCUGGCAAAUGGACAUUCAGAAACUCACCGUCAAGGGAACACCAAUUAUUAUACCUGAGGAAUUCAACAAGAUUAUUGGGUAUUGCAAUAAGUCCUUUUCAGACAAUACACAAUAAGAUGCUUAGGAAUUUCUGAUGUAUUUGCUUGACAUGAUACAUGAGGAUCUGAACAGAGUAACAUUUCCGAUCAAGAGUGUGCAAUUGAGAGAAUACUCUGGAGAUUGUAAUUAGAGAGAGUUAGAGAAAUAAGCAGCAGAAACUUGGGGUGAUUAUCUACAACGAAGCAAAUCUAUAAUAGUAGAUCUAAUGCAAGGACAAUUCAAGAACUCAUUGAAAUGUUUGAGUUGCGAUAAUUACACCUAUAAAUUUGAGCCUUUGAUGUAUUUGAGUGUUCCGAUCCCAGAAUCUGAGGAAUGCUAAUUAAUCGAAUGCAUAAAGGAGUAUGUCAAAGAGGAGUAGUUGACAAAUGGGAAUUAAUGGUUUUGUGAGAAUUGUCAUAAGCUAGUGGAUGCGAUAAAGAAGAUAGAUUUGUGGAAAUUACCUACUAUUCUAAUAAUCCAUCUUAAGAGAUUUAAAUUUAUAGAGAAUGGAAUUAAGAAAAUUGAAUAGGCAAUCAACUUCCCUAUGGAGAGUUUGAACUUAAGUUAGUGCUUACCGAAACUGUAAAAAGAAAAGCCUAUCUAUGAAUUAUUAGGAGUUAUUUGCCAUACCGGAACAAGUGAUAGAGGUCACUAUUACACAUACGCAAGAAGCAAAGAGAAUUUUAAUUGGUAUCUAUUUAACGACAGGUAAGUCAAGUAAGUGAAUUUCACUGAGAUACCUCAAGAAGAUGCCUACCUAUUGAUGUAUGGCAAAAGCACAAUCCCAUUGAUCAAACGUCAAACUAUUUCAUUUCCUGAAAAUUGGCCUCAUGUAAUAAAAUGA